CAAGCUUUCAAUGUUUGUGAGACUUUGAUUGUCCACUUCUUGUCCUCAUAUUUUUCUUUCAGUCUUCUGUGCCAUAGUAUCUUCUCAUUAUCCUCUUUCUACAACUCAUAUCUCGUUCGUAUGAUCAAGCGAAUGGCUGAUAAGAUUGGGCAUUUUGGCCACCAGAAGCAGUCUAUCGCUGACUCUAGUCCGACUGGACUUGCAGGCUUGCUGUACACACCGACCUCUCAAUCAAUUGUUCCCAUAUCGACUGCUGCAGACUACCAUCGCGGCUCUAUAUCAACACAGCGAACGUCGUCCAGCGAAUGGAGCAAGCGGGGGGACAACCUUGACACCGAGUCUCUUCCACUCCUAUUACCACGUGUGUCUUCGAGGCCGAAAGCGUCUUACCGGCUCUCUGAUUUCAUAAUACAACGAACCCUUGGGACGGGUUCCUUUGGAAGAGUACAUUUAGUCAGGAGCAAGCACAAUCUCCGCUUUUACGCCAUCAAGGUGUUGAACAAAGAGAAGAUUUUUCGGACGAAACAAGUCGAGCAUACCAACAACGAGAAGAUAAUGCUUGAAGCAGUUCAACACCCUUUCAUCAUUAACCUUUGGGGCGCGUUUCAAGAUGCAUCAAACUUAUACAUGGUCAUGGACUUCGUACCUGGUGGUGAACUUUUCACCCUGCUACGACGGUCGAAUCGCUUCCCAGAUCCCGUGGCCAAGUUUUACGCCGCCGAGGUUGCACUUGCUUUGAAUCACCUGCAUUCCCUCGACAUUAUAUAUCGUGACCUCAAACCAGAGAAUAUCCUCCUCAACCAUGACGGUCACAUCAAAAUAGCAGACUUUGGAUUCUCAAAGCACUGCUCAUCAGUGACAUGGACGCUAUGUGGCACGCCUGAUUACCUUGCGCCCGAAAUCAUAGGGCAGCAACGGUAUAACAAGAGCGUUGAUUGGUACGCCCUAGGCGUGCUAAUAUUUGAGAUGCUUUCAGGACUUCCUCCUUAUCACCAACCCGACCAUAACCCCGUUGUACUCUACGAAAAAAUCACUCGUGGUCCAGCUUUCAUUCGCUGGCCACCGUUUCAUGGUAAUGCUACAGACAUCAUCCUGAAACUAAUGGAGGGCGAGCCUUCCAAGAGGUACGGAAACAUGCGGCAUGGCGCAGGUGAUGUCUUCGCACAUCCGUGGUUCCGCGAGGUCGACUGGGACAAGUUACGGAAUAGAGAGAUCACUGCUCCUUACCUGCCUAAGAUUUCAGGAGACGGCGACGCGAGCGCCUUUGAACAGUAUCCUGAGGACAACGUUGCCUCACUGUAUGGACUUCCAGGUCAAGACCCAUGGGGACAGGAUUUCCCUAAUUUUGAGUAUACCAGUCAUUAAAUGGGACUUUGUUUCUUUUCAUUUAUCACUACAUUAUUCUGUUUUGGCACCAUCUAUCACACUGCAUUUGCUGUUUGUACAUAAUACCACACGCCGACACCCCUGCACUCUGUAUGUACAUUGGAUACUAGCUAUGGCAGGUUGUUCACAGUAGUAACCUUCUUGUUCGUUCCUCCAUUCAAUCCGAACAUUAACUACAUUAUCCCGGGUGUGAUUUCUAGUCCUGCAAGUACGUGCCUA